AUGCCCAGGUGGUUCUGGCUGUGUUUGGCGUGUGCCUGGCUUCCGCCCAAUACACCCCCGAAGUGGAAGCCGAGAGAACUCGCUUCUUCGAAGCUUUCCGAGCUGCCAAACAAGCUGCUGCUUCCAGCAAGUACUCAGAACCCCAGCCCCAGCCGCCUAACAGAGGCACCCGUUCGCUGCCGCUGGUGCACCUGCCCGGCCGUUGAUGGAAGGGUCACGCCCGUCAGUGACACAGCCGAAGUCAGGGCUGCCACUAACGCUUUCUACAGAGCCUACAAAGCUCAACUUGAGGCCACUGAAGAUUCGUCUGAAUCAGAGUCAUAUGUGCUCAAGACUGAUUCUGACUCAUCUGCUAAGUAUGUGGUGAAGACUGACCCAGAAACAUCAAGCAGAUAUUUGUAUAAGGCUGUUCCAGUACCAUCACCUGCAUACAGAGCAAGAUCUGGCUCUGAAACAUCAGUUAAGUAUAUACUGAAGACUGAUCCUGAAACAUCCUCUAAGUAUUUGUAUAAGCCUGACCAAGAAACUGCAGCUGAAUAUGCAGCACAGCCAUAUUCUGCAGGCUCAGCUAAAUAUGUCAUUAAGACUGAUCCUGACACUUCAGACAAAUAUUUGUAUAAGGCUGUUCCAACAAUAUCAGGUGCUUACGUAGUUGCUCCUUCAACAGCUGAAUUUAGAACAAAGGGUGAUUCUGAGACAUCAGCUAAGUAUGUACUGAAGACUGAUCCUGAGUCAUCUGCUAAGUAUGUGCUAAAGACUGAUGCUGAAACAUCAAAUAAAUAUUUGUAUAAGGCUGUGCCAACAUCAUCACCUGAAUCCAGGACAAGGGCUGAUUCUGAAAAAUCAGCUGACUAUGUGCUUAAGGCUGAUUCUGAGUCAUCUGCUAAGUAUGUGGUGAAGACUGACCCAGAAACAUCAAGCAGAUAUUUGUAUAAGGCUGUUCCAGUACCAUCAUCUGAAUACAGAGCAAAGUCUGGCUCAGAAACAUCAGUCAAGUAUGUACUGAAGACUGAUCCUGAAACAUCCUCCAAGUAUUUGUAUAAGCCUGACCAAGAAACUGCAGCUGAAUAUGCAGCAAAGCCUUAUUCUGCAGACUCAGCUAAAUAUGUCAUCAAGACUGAUUCUGACUCACAAGAUAAAUAUUUGUAUAAGGCUGUUCCAACAAUAUCAGGUGCUUACGUAGUAAGGGACGAUUCUGAAACAUCACAUAAAUAUAAGCUCCAGGCUGUUCCUCAGACAUCAGCUACAUACAGAGCAAAGACUGACCCUGCAUAUUUAGCAAGCCAUGGGUAUGAAGGAUCUUCUGUAUAUGUGGCAAAGGUUGCUCCUGAAGGUUCAGCCAAAUUUGAAACAAAGGAUGAUGCUGCAUACAAAGCAAAGUAUGACCCUGCAUAUGUGGCGAAAGUUGUUCCUGCAUCGACACCAGAAUUCAGAUCAAAGGAUGAUCCUGCAUACAAAGCCAAGUCUGACCCUGCAUAUGUGGCAAAGGUUGUUCCUGGAUCGGCAGCUGAAUUCAGAGCAAAGGAAGAUCCUGCAUACAAAGCCAAGUCUGACCCUGCAUAUGUGGCGAAGGUUGUUCCUGCAAAACACAGUUCCAAUGUCCAACUCCAAGCCAUUGGAUGGGCCAGGGUCCGUUUCGCCCUCCUCAAAUUCCCCUGCUGGUCCCGUCGCCAGGCCCUUCUCCAGCCUCAGGGUCCCCUUACACUCAAGUAA